AUGUUCAAGAGCAUAUUCCAAGAUGUUCAUGGGAUGAAGCUACCUGCAGGAAUAGGAAGCUUAAAAAAUCUUCUGUCCCUCACAGCCAUACAUGCUGGUGGUGGAAUUGCUGAAGAAUUAGGUAACCUGAUACAGCUCGGAAGACUUGGAGUGAUGGAUGUGGCUGAAGAGAAUAUCAGUGAGCUAUUUGUCUCCAUAAAAAAAAUGCCGGCUCUUCCUUCCUUGUCUCUCGAACUAAACAUGCAUUCAACAAGGGAAACCUUAUCCUCCUGGAUUCAUUCUCACCUCCACCAUUUCUUCAAAAGCUUCGCCUAG